GACAGUUUCUUUGGUUUUGAAACAUGUGGAUAGGGGGUAUACACCAAAGUCAGAUUAUGACAGACUAAUGAAAAAUCAUAUUUCCCUUUUAUGUCAAUACUUGUAUUUCAUAUUAGUGUAGUUAAUAAAUUAUGACCCUAAAUUACAUGUCAUCUAUAAAUACUGGUGCUGAUGCACAAAACAUGCUCUGAGCAGGUUCCCCCUUUUUGCUUUGAUUUUCACUCAUUUGGGCUAAUCUGCACCACCCCCACACCAUCACAGUACCAAACAUGGGGAUUUAGACACUGUGCACAAUCAAGAACCCUAUCUGCCCUUCUCAAAAAUCUACCUUUGAUAUAUUUCUUCAGCAACUGACCACGUGUCUUAUUUUUCUUUCUCUUUCUUUAGGACAUAAUAUUGUUGACAGGGGCUUGCAGUACUGUAACAUGUCUGCCGGGGCAGAUGUGCAUCGCUCACUCCGGAGGAAAGAAAUCAACAUGCAUUGCAGCACGGUGUUUAGGGGAACCUCCACCAGGACAACUUACCAGUUACGUCGCUAAUACGUCAGAAAGCUACGUUGGAAGCAGCAGGGGCUACGCGUGCGCAGUAGGAACAGUUCCAGAGAGAGUGAAUCAAACUACGUGUUUAGCUAACGGUCAUUGGGAAACUCCAAGAUGUCAAGUGUGCAUUGAGGCUAGCGACCCAACUGGGGCAACUUACUGGGGGACGAAGAACGUCACAAAAACCGGCAAAACAUGUCAACGAUGGAAUUCACAAAGUCCACAACAACAUGACUUCCCUAACAAUCCUAUAUGUCAUUUUAUUGAAAAUUACUGCCGCAAUCCGGAUUCUCACACCAUGCCUUGGUGCUACACAAUGGACCCUGACAUUAGAUGGGAGGAGUGUAGCAUACCCACCUGCUAA